CAACACAAACAAGCAUCGAUUCAGUGAGACAGUUCAAGAAAAUCAGCUCUGUUCUUUACAGUACCACAACUUCGCAAGUACACUACUACGAUACAGAAGGAUCACAAGUCAGUGUCCACUCUCCAUCAGCGCAGCAAGAAAAAGGAGGAGAGAUGGCUGCUCCGGCAAAGGCGUCGUGGAUGGUGGCGACGAGCGUCGGCGCCGUGGAGGCCUUCAAGGACCAAGCCGGGCUCUGCCGCUGGAACUAUGCGCUCAGCUCCAUCCACCGGGCAGCCAAGGCCAGGGCCAACGUUCGCGGCGGCGUCUCGCUGGGCCCCAAGCAGCUUCCGGCCUCUGCGGCGGUGGUGGCUGAGAGGCGGCGAGCAGAGAAGGCCGAGGAGGGGCUGAGGACCGUGAUGUACCUCAGCUGCUGGGGCCCAAAUUAGGAGUAGUAGUAGCUUCGAGGUGUUGUCUUCGUUGUAGCUUGUGCUUAUGCGACAACCCCAUGUCCAUGAUCGAUUGUAAAUACAUCAAGAUGAUGAUGAUGAAAAUUUCGGCUAUGAGUUUAUAUCA